AUGUCGAGUAUGCUUGUACAGCAGUUUGUUCAGAGACUUAAAUCUAGAAAUGAAGAGCUACGUAAUAAAGCAGCCAGAGAUCUGUGUCUCUAUGUUAAGACAGAACUACGAGAAGCAUCACAAGAGGAAAUUACAGCUUUUAUGGAUGAAUUUAAUCACCACAUUUUUGAAAUGGUAUCUGGGUCUGAUGUAAAUGAAAAAAAGGGAGGAAUAUUAGCCAUAGUUUGCCUUAUUGGAGCUGAUGUAGGAAACAUUAAUACAAGAACUAUAAGAUUUGCUAAUUAUUUGAGGAAUUUAUUACCCUCUAGUGAUGUGGGUGUUAUGGAAUUAGCUGCUAAAACAGUUGGUAAACUAGCAUUAGUUUCUGGUACUUAUACAGCAGAAUAUGUAGAAUUUGAAGUAAAGCGUGCCUUUGAGUGGCUUGGUGGAGACAGACACGAAGGUAAAAGACAUGCUGCUGUUCUCGUUUUAAGAGAACUUGCCGUUUCUAUGCCAACAUAUUUUUUUCAACAAGUGACACCAUUUUUUGAACUUAUAUUUAAUGCAAUACGUGAUCCAAAACCUGUGAUAAGGGAAGGUGCUGUUGAAGCAUUACGGGCUGCUUUAGUUGUUACUGCACAGAGAGAAACAGCGAAACAAAUGCAUAAGUCACAAUGGUACAAGCAGUGCUAUGAUGAAAUAGUGGCAGGAUUCGAGGAAGUGUAUACUAGAGAAAGGGGAGUGAAUAGAGAUGAUAGAAUACAUGGCUCUUUAUUAAUAUUAAAUGAGUUGCUUAGAUGUAGUAACAUUCAAUGGGAGAGAAAUUACGAGGCUCUAAUGGAACGACUGAAUUGCUCCACUCAACAAAACGAAAACGACAUACUGUCUUUGAUGCCACGAUUAAAAACAACGAUAGUGUCCAAAUGGACUAGCUCCUCUCAAAAUUCUUCUAACUCUCAACAAACGUUAUACCCGGCGCAUGAAUCUGCAGUGUGUCGUUGCUUAAUGCAAGAAAGACUGGACGAUAUCUACAACGACGUAAUGAAUCAAAGAAUAUCCAGAAAUCCACAUAUUCAACACACUCUUAUGAUGUUAUUACCUAGACUUGCAGCAUUCAACAAAGAAAAGUUUACAAAAGAUCACUUGAGAGAAUCACUGGCAUAUCUUUUAAUGACUUUACGUAGCAGAGAGAAAGAUAGAUAUGCUGCGUUCACAACGAUUGGAUUUAUAGCAGUUGCGGUAGAAGAUUCCAUAAAUCCUUAUCUCUCAAAAAUCAUGGAGGUGAUCAAAAGUUUGUUACCCUCCAAAGAAACAUCUACCAAGAAACGUGGAGCUUCCCUGGAACCCGCGGUAUUUGUUUGUAUUACUUUACUCGGACACGCGGUGAAACAAGUUAUAGCCGCUGAUGUGAGGGAUCUACUAGAAUCUAUGCUGCAAACUGGAUUAAGUCCUAUUCUCACGACAUCCCUUAGAGAACUAGCUCACAGUGUUCCAUCACUGAAGCCUGAUAUUUCUCAGGGACUUCUGCGAAUGAUGUCUCAGGUUUUAAUGCAAAAGCCUUUAAGACAUCCUGGUGCACCAUGGACUGCGACUAGUCCUAUUUUUGCCCCUCCAACCGAGGUAGAUAUUCCAUCUACGGUUCUAGCAUUGAAGACUCUUGGAACGUUCAAUUUCGACGGUAAUCCACUGUUGCAAUUCGUAAGGCGGUGUGCAGAUCAUUUCCUUACAUCUGAACAAGCAGAGGUUCGAUUAGAGGCUGUGAGAACGUGUUCAAGACUGUUGCGAUUAGCGUUAAAUCAACCUGGCCCUACAGUGACCAAUACCGUCUCCACUGUUCUUGGAAAACUGUUGGUCGUAGGCAUAACAGACACAGAUCCAGAUGUGAGACUCUGGGUCUUAGCUUCUUUAGACGAUUCUUUUGACAUUCAUCUGGCACAAGCAGAAAAUCUUUCGGCAUUGUUUAUCGCGAUGAACGACGAAAUGUUUGAAAUAAGAGAAUUAGCGAUUCGUACGAUUGGACGAUUGAGUACGAUGAAUCCAGCUUAUGUGAUGCCUUCUCUUCGCAAAACCCUUAUACAAUUUUUAACAGAGCUAGAACAUUCAGGAAUGGGACGUAACAAGGAGCAAGCAGCACGAAUGCUGGAUCACCUGGUCGUCAGUGCACCCAGACUUAUACGUCCGUAUAUGGAACCGAUUUUAAAAGUUCUAGUUCCAAAGUUAAAGGAGCCUGAAUCAAAUCCUGGUGUAAUUUUAGCCAUACUAAGAGCCAUUGGUGAUUUGGCUGAGGUCAAUGGUGCUGAAAUGCAACAAUGGAUGCCAGAGCUUCUCUCUAUACUGCUAGAAAUGCUAGUGGAUGCCAGUUCUCCAGAGAAAAGGGGAGUGGCUUUGUGGGUUCUUGGCCAGCUAGUUGGUAGCACAGGUCAUGUUGUGAAACCAUACAUGCAGUAUCCUUCAUUAUUAGAUGUAUUGAUAAACUUCUUGAAAACUGAGCAACAACCAAUUAUCAGAAGAGAGACUAUAAGGGUUCUUGGUUUACUAGGUGCUUUGGAUCCAUAUAAACAUAAGAUGAACCUUGGCCAGAUUGAUUCUCAGUUAGACACCCUAACUUCCAUGGCUGAUACCAAGAGUGAAACUGAGAAUACACAAGACCUGACAACUAGUGAAAUGUUGGUGAACAUGUCCUCAUCCACUCUGGAAGAAUACUAUCCAGCCAUUGCCAUUGCAACACUGAUGAGGAUCAUUCGUGAUCCAACGUUGUCCCAACACCACACUAUGGUGGUUCAGGCGGUCACCUUUAUAUUUAAGAGUCUAGGAAUCAAGUGUGUGCCAUAUAUCUCUCAGGUGAUGCCUAGUUUUUUGAACGUGGUUCGUACGGCCGACGUGAACUUUCACGAGUAUCUGUUCCAACAGUUGGCCUUCUUGAUCGCCAUCGUGAAACAGCAUAUUAGAAACUACUUGGAUGACAUAUUCAACUUGAUUAAAGAAUUCUGGACGGUGAAUAGUCCGUUACAGAGUACGCUGAUACUAUUGGUAGAACACAUUGCGGUUGCACUGGGCGCGGAAUUCAAAAUUUAUCUGCCGCAGCUGAUGCCACAGAUACUAAGAGUUUUAACUCAUGACACGAGCAAGGACAGAUCAGUGACGGUAAAGCUUCUUCAGGCGCUUCAGAAGUUUGGUAAUAACCUGGAUAAUUAUCUUCAUCUAGUCUUGCCACCGAUCAUCAAAUUGUUUCACGCCACUGAUUGUCCGAUAACUGUGAACAAAGUGGCGCUCGAAACUGUCGAUCAUUUAGCAGACACAUUGGACUUCACCGAUUUUGCGUCAAGAAUCGUACAUCCUUUGGUACGAACUCUGGACCAGUGUCCAGAACUGAGGAACACGGCGAUGGACACACUAUGCGCUCUAGUGAUACAAUUAGGGAAGAAAUAUCAAAUUUUCAUAAUAUUAGUACAAAAAGUAAUGACGAAACACAAGAUUGUUAAUUCACGUUACGAUGUUCUGAUUGAUAAGAUCCUUACAGAGACCACUGUUGCCGACGGUGAGGAUUAUCUGUUGAUGAGACAUCGGCACUCGAGGAAUAAGAACCGUGAUUUGUCCCUGACAUCUUCUGACACGACCACGAUCAAACGAUUAAAUGUGUCCGCAUCGAAUCUUCAAAAGGCUUGGACAGCGACAAGGAGGGUUUCGAAGGAUGAUUGGCUGGAGUGGUUGAGAAGCUUGUCGAUUGGUUUGCUUAAGGAAUCCCCAUCGCCUGCACUCAGAUCUUGUUGGGCCCUCGCGCAGACCUACUCUCAAUUGCCGAGAGACUUAUUCAAUGCAGCGUUCGUCUCCUGUUGGACUGAACUAGAUGACACAUACAAGGCAGAAUUAAUACAGACUCUGCAGCAGGCGUUGAUGGUUCCAGAUCUUCCAGAGAUAACGCAAACAAUUCUGAACUUGGCAGAGUUCAUGGAACAUUGCGACAAGGGUCCAUUGCCUCUAGACAACAAGAUAUUGGGCGAGAGGGCGAUGCACUGUAGAGCAUACGCAAAAGCGUUGCAUUACAAGGAGGACGAAUUCCAUAAGAGCAGGAACAGCAACGUUUUCGAGUCUCUAAUCUCCAUCAAUAAUAAGCUUCAGCAAAAAGAGGCUGCUGAGGGUCUGUUAGAGUACGUUAUGAAUCAGAAUAAUCAACAAGAUUUGAAGGUGCAGGUUCGAUGGUAUGAAAAACUGCACAACUGGGACAAGGCGUUACAAUUGUACAGAGAGAGACUGGAAAGUGAUCCUGCUGAUGUGGAGUCCACUCUAGGCGAAAUGCGUUGCCUGGAGGCCCUUGGAGAAUGGGGACAGUUGCACGAUGUAGCUACCAAGCAAUGGUCCCAUCAGAGCAACGAGACCAAGCAAAGAAUGGCUAGAAUGGCAGCGGCUGCGGCGUGGGGUUUAAGUCAAUGGGAAAGUAUGGAGCGAUAUGUCUCAUUGAUACCCAAAGACACUCAGGAUGGUGCCUUUUACAGAGCUGUAUUGGCGAUCCACGAUGAACAGUAUAACGUCGCUCAUCAGCUCAUAGACAGUGCCAGGGAUUUAUUGGAUACAGAGUUGACCGCUAUGGCUGGCGAGAGUUACCAGAGAGCUUACAAUGCCAUGGUUGAAGUUCAGAAAUUGGCAGAGCUGGAGGAGGUGAUACAGUUCAAACUGGUCCCAGAAAGGAGGUCCACGAUUAAAUCUAUGUGGUGGGAGAGGCUCCAAGGAGGGCAGAGAAUAGUGGAGGAUUGGCAGAAGAUCAUACAGGUCCAUACGCUAGUAGUCUCGCCUCAGGAUGAUAUGUACACGUGGUUAAAGUAUGCUAGUCUUUGUAGAAAAAGCGGCAGCCUGAUGUUAUGUCACAAAACGUUAGUCAUGUUGUUAGGUACGGAUCCCUCGUUGACUCCAGACCAAUCGCUGCCGGCUACUCAUCCUCAGGUGACUUUUGCUUAUUGCAAACAUAUGUGGGUCGCGAAUAAACGGGAAGAAGCAUAUAGCCAGCUGCAAAGAUUCGUGCAAACGUCUCUGCAACCGACGACUAUGUCCGUGGUGAAUCAAGAAGACGAAAAGCAACAAGAGGCGAGAAAAAGAUUACUUGCUAGGUGUUACUUGAAGCUUGGAGAAUGGCUAGAGGCUUUGCAAGGCAUUAAUGAGCAUUCUAUACCCGCUGUGCUAUCCUAUUACGCUGCAGCUACGGAACACGAUCCAACUUGGUAUAAAGCGUGGCACGCAUUUGCAUAUACCAACUUCGAAACGGUUCUAUUUUAUAAGCAUCAACAAGGUGAUUCUUCCAAUGCAGAAAGUACUCCAGGGAAUGGAACUCGCGGUAAUUUGUCUAGCUCACAAUAUAUAUCGCAAUUCACUGUACCAGCUGUGGAAGGAUUCUUCAGAUCUAUUAAUCUUUCUCACGGUAACUCUUUGCAAGAUACGCUCCGUUUAUUGACCCUAUGGUUCGACUAUGGCCAAUGGCCCGAGGUGUAUGAGGCUAUCGUGGAAGGUAUUCGACUGAUAGAGAUCAACACUUGGUUGCAAGUAAUCCCUCAGCUCAUAGCGAGGAUAGACACGCCCAGAGCUUUGGUUGGACGAUGCAUACAUCAUCUCCUGAUAGACAUUGGGAAAACGCAUCCCCAAGCCUUAGUAUAUCCACUGACCGUGGCAUCUAAGAGUGCCAGUCAUGCCAGGAAGACUGCAGCGAACAAAAUCUUGAAGAGCAUGUGUGAGCACAGUCCAACUUUAGUGCAACAAGCAAUAAUGGCCAGUGAUGAGUUGAUCAGAGUUGCCAUUCUCUGGCAUGAAUUGUGGCACGAAGGACUGGAAGAGGCCAGUAGAUUAUACUUUGGCGAAAGAAACGUUCGUGGAAUGUUUGAUACAUUGGAACCUCUGCAUGCAAUGUUGGAGAGAGGACCACAAACUUUGAAAGAGACAUCUUUCAAUCAGGCUUACGGUAGAGACUUAAUGGAAGCACAGGAAUGGUGUCGUAGGUACAAAGCAUCCCGUAACGUCAGGGACUUGAAUCAGGCUUGGGAUUUGUAUUAUCAUGUAUUCAGAAGAAUAUCCCGACAAUUACCGCAACUAACUAGUUUAGAGCUUCAGUAUGUCAGUCCUAAGUUGCUUCUGUGUAGGGAUUUGGAACUGGCUGUACCAGGAAGCUAUAGUCCUGGACAGCCCAUAGUUAGAAUAGCUAGUAUACAUAGCUCCAUGCAAGUGAUUACAAGUAAACAGCGACCGCGAAAAUUGUGUAUCAAAGGCAGUAAUGGUAAGGAUUAUAUGUUCCUCUUGAAAGGGCACGAAGAUCUCAGACAGGAUGAACGAGUGAUGCAAUUAUUUGGUCUAGUCAAUACCCUUCUAUUACACGAUCCAGAUACCUUUAGAAGAAAUCUCACUAUUCAAAGGUAUGCUGUAAUUCCUUUGUCUACAAAUAGUGGUCUGAUUGGUUGGGUACCACAUUGUGAUACGUUACAUACGCUAAUCAGAGAUUACAGAGAGAAGAAAAAAAUAUUAUUAAAUAUAGAACAUAAGAUAAUGUUAAGGAUGGCUCCAGGCUAUGAUCACCUUAUGCUCAUGCAAAAAGUGGAAGUUUUCGAGCAUGCUCUCGAACAUACGCACGGCGACGAUCUAUCGCGACUUCUUUGGUUGAAAUCGCCGUCGAGCGAGGUAUGGUUUGAUCGUAGAACAAAUUACACGCGUUCCCUUGCCGUGAUGUCCAUGGUGGGGUAUAUUCUCGGACUUGGUGAUCGACACCCAUCAAAUUUGAUGUUGGAUCGUUUAAGUGGUAAAAUAUUGCACAUCGAUUUCGGGGAUUGUUUCGAGGUGGCCAUGACACGAGAGAAAUUCCCCGAGAAAAUACCAUUCCGUUUAACACGAAUGUUAAUAAAUGCAAUGGAAGUUACGGGGAUCGAGGGCACGUACAGAAGGACUUGCGAGUCAGUGAUGUCUGUGUUACAUCGUAAUAAGGAUAGCUUAAUGGCGGUGUUAGAAGCGUUCGUCUACGACCCCCUGUUGAAUUGGCGAUUAAUGGAUAAUGCCGCGUUAAAAGGUAAAAGAUCUGAUGCUCAGGGGAUGAGUGCCAGUAGUAAUCAAGAACAUAGCGAUGCUUUGGAUUCUCUUACCGCCACGUUACCAAAGAAAGGAGUACCAUGUAGCGUUGAAAACGGAGGUGAUACUAAUCAACCAGAGGCGCUGAGCAAAAAAGCUCUUGCUAUCAUAACAAGAGUAAGAGAUAAGUUAACCGGACGCGAUUUCUCUCACGAAGAAACACUAAGUAUUCAACGCCAAGUUGAUCUUUUAAUUCAGCAGGCUACCAAUAAUGAGAAUUUAUGUCAAUGUUACAUUGGAUGGUGUCCCUUCUGGUAAACGUAAAUUUUCAUAGAUGAGGACUUGAAUGUGUAUCAUAUGCAAUCACGUUCCUGUUUUUUGCAUUUUUAUUAUUAAGGAAUAAUUAUACAUAAUA